AUGGUGGUCUUCCUCGGGAGGAACCUCCCUUCGCUGCUGGCGCUCUUCAAGAAGAAGGGUGCCGGGAAGGCGGAGAACGAGAAGCGGCUGAGCGUCCAGUACAAGGCUGGAGACGAGCGGCCAGACAAUGUUUUCUUCCCCAGCAACCGCCCCCCACACCUUGAGGAGCUGCACAUCCAGGCCCAGGCUGGGCUCAAGUCUUUGCAGAGUCAAGAGAAACAGAAGCAGACCAAAAGGACCUGGGACCACAGCGAUGCCAGCAGCAUCCAGUCUUCCCGCUCGUCCACGGAGGGCGACGACCUCUCGCUCCGAAGCCAGACUCCGUCCUGCACAACGGAGACGACCUCCGAGGACGCCCUCUCCAUCCGCUCGGAGAUGAUUCAGCGGAAAGGCUCCACGUUUCGGCCGCACGAUUCGUUCCCCAAGUCCUCCGGAAAGGGUGAGAAGAGGAGGCGGGAGCGGAGGACGACUGUUCUGGGCCUCCCCCAACAUGUGCAGAAGGAGCUGGGCCUGAGCAAUGGGUACGAUGCCAAGAAGCGCCCCGGCAGCAUCGCUGUCCGACCCAGCCUGACCCCCCCGGCCCUGAUGAAUGGCGGCCAGGUGCCUGGCAAUGCCAUCCACAUCCCCACCAUUGACGGGAAGCUGCAGCCCGCGGCCGUCCCCCAGGGGGGCGCCCGGGUCUCCUUGCAGGUGCUCGAGGCCGAGGUGGCCGACACCGCCCUGCAGCGCCACAUCGACCGCGUCUACUAUGAUGACUCACUGCUGGGGCGCCAGACGGCCGCCAAGCUCUCCCCAUUGGCAAGGCCCAAGUCGCUGGCUGUUCCCUGGGUGACCACACAUCCGGGCUCCCCAGAGCUGCUGAGCCCCCCAGUCAUGUCCAUCUCACCGCAGGGCACCUACCUGUCGAAGAUCAUUCCCAACGCCAUCUUGCCGCCCAUGGUGGACGUCAUCGCUCUCUCCCGCAACAAGGUGCGCACGCUCAGCCGCUGCAGCCUGGCGACGGCCAGCCCGGCCACCUCGGUGCGCUCAAUGGGGCGCUUCCCCUCCGCCCCCCGCAGCCGCGAGCACUCCUCCUCCAGCGACAACUGGAGCCAUUCCCAGUCUACGGAGACCAUCGUCUCCAACACUUCCACCAUCUCAUCACACGGGGGCGCCAGCGGCAGCCGGAAGGGUGAGGCUGGGCUGAGCGGCCGGGCCCAAGCGGCCAGGAGGCCUGAACCUGACCAGCUCAGCACCUACAGCGCCAUGAGCGGCACCAGCUCCAACUGCGUCAGCGCCAAGGCCGCCCCUGCCUCACCCAACCUCCUGGGUGUGCGGUCGUCAGGAAGCAGCGGCCGGGCCUCGCCCGCCUACAGCACCGGCAGUGCGGCGGACGGCUCAGACAGCAUGAGCAUACGGAGUGACCGCUCCUCGGCCCGCAGCGUCUCCCUCAGGAAGAUGAAGAGAGCCCCGGCGCCCCCGCGGAGGACGUACUCCUUGCACCAGAAGGCCCAGCAGUUGGAGGCUGAGGGGGCGCCCAAAGCAAUGGGCCUGCCCCCCAAGCCGGAGCGCAGGCCCCAGCGGGAGAGCAGUGAGGCGUGGGCCGCGGGGCAGCGGGGCAGCCCCAGCCUGACGGUCGAGGACGAAGUCUUCUCCCCCUGCUCACGGAGCGAGACCAGCAGCCUCCAUUCCGACAGCCUGGCCUGCUCUCCCGACCUCUCUCACCGGAGCCCCAUCACCAUCGACAAACUCCGAGAGGCGGCCGGGCUGAGGGUGGGCGAGGCCCAGGAUCUCGCCUCAAAGCACAGCUCCCCGGGCCGCACCAUGUCGCCCUCCAGCGGGUACUCAAGCCAGAGCGGCACGCCCACCCUCCAGCCCAAGGGCCUGGUCGGCCAGGCCUCGUCCCCCGGGAGGAAGAGGCCACAACCAAAGAAACCGGAGCGGGUCUGCUCCCUCCAGUCCCCAGGAGUCUCCGUCUCCUCCUCCCUGACGUCCUUAUCCUCCUCUGCCUCAGAUCCAGCUCCCGCUGAGGUGAUGGCUGGUCCCCCCUCCAGCACCGCUCCUGCUCCAAACAAAAUGGACAAGUUUCUUAUUCCGCCUCACCCCAAAGUUCCGGCUCCCUUCUCCCCUCCGCCCACCAAGGCCCAACCGGCCGAGCCCAGAAAUGACCACGCUGCACCUGCCUCCUCGCCCGGCCCUGGCCAGGCUGACAAGCGGCCGGGGGGCCUUGCAAAGCCCAGCAGCGGGUCGCCGCCUCCAUCACCCCCUCCGGCCUACCACCCACCCCCGCCUCCAACAAAGAAGGCCGGCCUGAGUCCUGAGGCCUCCGCUGCUGCCACCGCCGCCACCCCAGCCCCUUCGGGGACUGAGCCAGACGGACUGUGGCCCCCUCCACCCCCGCCUGUGCCAGAAGAGCACGACCUCUCCAUGGCCGACUUCCCUCCCCCGGAUGAGGCCUUCUUCUCACUGCCUCAGCCAGUCGCCGUGGAAACACCCGCCGUGAAAGCCCCUGGGGCAGCUCCCGCUGUGGAGCAGCCAGCCAGCCAAAGAGCAGCAGCUGCCACGGAGGGCAAAGCGCCCACCUUUUCGCCUUCCUUCUCCACCAGGAUCUCCUCGAAGAUCGAAGCACAGGGCGUCCCGGACGCCUCGCCACUGCCAGCGGCGAAAGUCGAGCCCCCUCCACCCCCGAAGCUCCCCACGGCGGGGGAGUCCUCCGGCCCCCAGCUCAUCCCCAGGAAGCCCGUGACGUCGGUGUCGGCAGCACCUGCGCCCUCCAGCCUCCAAGCCCAGCCAAACCUCGAGAAACCGGCCAACGGCUCUCACGCCGAUCUCAAGAAGGAGCCGGCCACGCGCAGCAAGAGCAACUCUGUGCCAAAGGAGGACGCGAACUUGCCCAUUGUCACUCCUUCCCUGCUGCAGAUGGUGCGGCUGCGCUCGGUCAACAUGGACGCCCACGGCCCCGCAGCGAGCCCAGCUGCCACCAAGGCCCUGGCGGAGCAGAACGGGCCCAGUUUGGGGGGCGGCAAGCUGGGGCAGCCCACCCCCCAGAAGCCGAUCCGCAAGUCGCUUUCCUUGAGGGGGCCCCCAUCGGCUUCUAAAAACACCCCGUCUUCAAACCCGCUGCACGAGGCCGUGCGCUUGAAGGCCUCCACCUUGUCUUCCAGGGAAGCAGCAGGAUUUGGAGCGGCCGAGAAGAAGGCGGGCCACCGCCUGACCCUGCCAGCGGUGGUGCCCCCCGCCGGCGAGGCCAAGGACGGCCAGGUGUCCCCGCUGCACAAAUCCCCGGCUUCCACAGCCAGUUUCAUCUUUGCAAAGAGCUCGAAGAAGUUGGUGAUCGAGACAGCGUCUUCUCGGGAGGCCCAGGCCAACCUGAAGAAGAACCUGGUUGCAGAAUUGAUUAACGUCUCUGGCCAGCGCUCCACAGCUGCCGUGGGGCUCACCCAGCAGGGCGCUGGGAAAUCCCAGGCCCAGAAGGCCCAGAAGAUCCCCCCACCCAUCGCCAAGAAGCCUUCGCUUGGGCCGGGCCUGCAGUCCCCACAGAGCCCAAAGCCACCGGGAGCGGAGGAGCUGGGCUCCCCCCUGGCUGUAGUCGGGGAGAGGACUAAGGAGGAGGGGCCUGGUAGCCAGGCCUCUGCUGUGCGGCCUAGUGGCGACAGCCCCCCGGCGGGGCCGGAAACACCACUGCAGAGCCCCCUGGCACAAGACUUACGGGAGGAGAUGGCGUGAAGGAGGACCCUGCGGUACGGUUGCCCCCAACAUACAGGAAUUUUGAAAACAAAAAAUAAUCUCAGGGACCUGCACAGGCCAGAGGAUGAUCUUGGAUGUGGUGACAAGGGAGAGAAACAGCCUUAGCCUCUGAUGGCCUUGAUAUUUAUGCAAAAGUUGUGUCGUUUUCACUUUAUUUUCAACAAUACAGCUUUAUUUUACAUCUUAACGACAAAGUAGCACAAAACCCUUUCCUCCUGCUGCCUCCCUCCCUCCCUCCCUUUCCCUCCCUUGAGGGCUAUUGCCUUGAGCAGCCUUUUCUGGCUCGGUUUGCUGGUGUUUCGUUUUUCCCGUUGGAAGUUUUUUGUGUAUGAGGAAAAAGCUUAAAAAGAGGGGUGGGGGGUCCAUGACAGCUUCCCCUUCCCCCAACACCACCUGCAGGAGAGCCAGACGAAGUUGCAUCUGCUUGGCGUGUUUUUCAAAAGAAGCCCCCCCCCCUUUAUGAGUUGCAUUGUCAGCUGGAGUGUGUGUGGGAGGGGGGAGAAUAGUCUGCUCUUGCAUACCUGGAACGGUACAACGUCGAAGCACUUUCUCCAAUCAAGGCUGGAGAGAGCCGGGACCGCCACCUUGGGGAACGGCAGCUCCAUCCUCCUCCCCGGUGUUGCUGGGGGCCGGCUCCUUUCUGCUUACAUCCUGUGGACGGUUGCAACAGCGUGCUCUCAAGGGACCCUGCUGGUUAGCUUUGUUGUUCUAUAGGGAGGACGAUGCUGUGACAUAGAUAACAUGGGUGGGGCUCCUUUGUGCAGACCUGUCUGUCUUGAAUAGCUUAUUCUGGGCAGUGGGGGGAUUCUUAGGGCAGGUCACUGGGAGGAGGCCCAGUAUGAUUCGGCCACAGCGCAAAUUAGGACAUAGCGUGGGUGGGUGGGUAGUAGCACACGCACACCGUGGAAAGCCCUCAAUCCUUGCAAAUGCCACUUGCGUUACCUCCUCUGUGCCUGGAACUAUCUGCUGAGUUCUUUUUGAGGGUUUGGGUUUUAAACCCCUUUUUCGCGUGGCGCUGGUGAGGGCAAGGCAAAAUCUUUUGAAGGGCUCUUCCGAAAGAGGGCUGGGCAGCCCAGCUUCACUAAGUCCAAGAGGAUCUUACUGACCCGUUAGCAGGGGCCUUAGAAAAGACCGCUGUCAAGGCUUGGUGGGAGAGGCAGCCAGAGCAGCGCUCUUCACUGCCAGAACAAAGCAAGAGACCCAUCAGUUGUGCACCCAAACAUUCCAGGUGUGGAGGAGGUCUUGCCUCGAGUCUGAGGACAGACACAAUUCCACAAGCAUUCUGGGUUGCACCCAGGUGUCUGUCUAACUUAAUUCAUUUCAACAAAACUACUCUAAGUAGGACUAAUACUGGCACAUCCCCAAUGCUCCUGCCGUCAUCAAUCCCCCAUGGACGUUGCAUAAUUCUGGCAACAAGAUGCAUUUUCUUUGAUGGUGUAUUUGAUAUUUCUUGAAGGUGUUUGGAUGCCAGGAAAGUGGAGAGGGGUUAAAAGGACUUUGUGGCCCAUCCCAGUUUUGGAGGGAGCUCAGCUGUAUCUCUUAGGAGACGCCUGCCCGUUUGGAGGGCCCAAGUCCACCCAAACCAUAACUUUGGCUGGAGGCAAAGAGUUCCCUUUACUGAAAGUGGUGCAGUUCUAUCCUCUUUGUCCAAGGUGUGCACAUUAAUUUUCUUUGCCCUGGUGCUGCUACAGAAACAGUGGUGUAGUGGUAAAUGUUGAAGUGCAGAUGCUCAGCAUGACUGUCCCCGUAGCUACGCCCCUCCCCCCCCCUCCAAGGAGAGUCCAAAAAUGCAGGUGGCUGUGUGGGAUCCAUAUCAACAAACCACUUCUGGCAGUUUUCAUCUCUAGGGAGAGCAGGUCUUUUGUAAAGCUAGUGGGUCUUAAAUCACCCACUCAGUUACAAGCUACCCCACAACAUACUUUGCAUUGCACCAAGGAGCACAGGAUUGAUGCGUUUCCCCACAGCUCAAAGGGAAGUCUUCUGUUGGUGGGCAGAUUACAACAGUGUCCCUUGUAGUACUAAUAAUACAAAAGUGCUGGUUCUUGUAUCCCUGUGGAUCCCACUGUACAGAAAUUGGCAAAGCCUUGACCAGCAUGGUAGAAAAACCCAGGAUGAUCCUCACAGUCCGUGAUGGCUCUGACGACCUUCAUCACCUUAACCUCUUAGCCAGAGAACUGCUCUGCAUCACAGAGGAUGAUGUGAUGUGUGCCAUCUCAGCAGGCACCUCUGCAGCUGUGGGUUCCAGGAAACUGGUCAUCGCAAGCAAACAGUCUUUCGGGGCUGCUUGUCUGCCGUUGCCAAUCAUCCCACAGAGGAACGCUGCAGACCCAAAGGCGGGUCAAUAGCUAAGUGGUAGAACACCUACUUGGCAUGAGGUGCUUUCCCUCCACCUGGAAAAGACCCUCCUUGAGACCCUCUACAGCAGCUGCCAUUGGACAGCAUGGGGCUCGAUGGACUUGGGGUCUCACUCAGGAGAAGGGGGUUUCCUGCCUUCAAAAAGCACUUUUCUGAAGUGUGACAAGUGAUAAUUUAUGCUGUGGCCUAUUCGUUUUGGUGCCAGGACCAUGGAAAAGUGGUACUUUGCACCUGAGAGGAUUUCAACUCGCCUGCCAAACACACAUAGCCAUCCCUACGGUGUCUAGAGAAAGGUGGUCCUGGGAGGCAGAGCUUUGAGGUGCCACCAUGCCAAGCCCCCCCCCCCCUUUUCUCCUUUCUGGUACUGCUCUUAUGACCACAUGUGCCUGAUGUUACAACCCCCCAAGUGGGCCUUUCCCAGGCCACGGAGGCUGUCAGAAGAGUACCCUUUGCUCUUACCACCCAAGCAGAGUGGGGAGGUGUCGUAAUUUGCCAUGGCAGGGUGAGUGGAUGCCCAAUGCGCCAUCCCUACAAGCAUGGAAGGCCGGGCUCUCCCACCUCCCUGCUGGCUGGGAACUAACAACACUUUGAAGGCAGGAGAAAGGGAGGGCGGACAAAGCAGAGCAGCGGUCUGGGCGCCCCACUGGGGCUAGGCGUGUUCGAAAAUAAGACCAAACAUCUCCCAUCUGUCCCCACCCCGCAAUAUGCCUUUGUUUUCUGUUCUCUAGAAACAUUAGAUGACAGAUUUAUAUACUUAAAAAUCCUGGGGUCAUUUGGUUUGAUUUCCAUGAUUGUAAAACAGGAGGGAAAAUCUACCUUUGAGAAAGGGAGGAGUAAAAAUGAUGGUGAGCUCCAU